AUGACCGGUGACCUCGUGACCAAGAAUUUUACCAGCCCCUAUUUAGUAUUUGGUGAUGAACUAUACCCUGACUUGCACUCACGUCGUGGCAGACUUGUGGCAAAGUCCCAAGCCGCAAGAAUGUCAACCAAAGAUAUUGAGGGUACUGAACCCGCAGACGUCUUCUCUCUUGAGAAAACAUUCACCACUCCAGCACACAUCUCUUCACUUGCUUUUGGCCAUCCUGGGCAGCUUUACGCAGGAUCAGAUGACGGUUCUCUGCGUGUUUACGACCUCUCGACUUUCAAAGUCCUGAAGGCCGUCAGGGGACUUGGAAACGAAGUGUCCUCUAUAAUUUGCAUCAAAAGACCAGGCUCGGAGCUCCGCGAUGCCUGGGUAGCACAUGGGAAACGAAUUUCCUUGUUUCGGCUGGACUCUCCCAAACUGAUACAAUCCCCCGAAGAUGCAUUGAGCACCAUCAACAUUGGAAACCCAGAGGCCGCGUCAGAGAUUGAUACGCUGAAUGAGAGUCAUCUAGCCUUCAGCAUGGACUCUGGAGCUGUGGGAGUCGUGAAUUUGGCGACAGAGGAGGUUGUAAAGAUGAAAACGGGUCAUGAGAGUGUGUGUGGUUCUGUCAAGUGUGUACCAGGUCGACCACAGGAGCUUGUUAGUGGCGGGUACGACAGAAAGUUGCAACACUAUGAUUACACGCAAGGAGACGUUUUGUCCUCCUGCCUCAUGGAAUCAUACGCUCAGAAUGCCGGGAGCGCAGCACUGGCCCCACCGUUCGUCAUGUCACUAGCCGUGUCGCUCUCAGGGGUUCUAGCCGCCGGUACAGCAGACGGCCGCUUAUGGUUAGGUUUCGGCGGAGAAAAGAAGGUCACUGGUGCAAAGAGGAAGAAAGGGAAAAAAUGGAGAGGUCUCGACGAGGACGAGACUCUCCUCAUCAAAAUUGCAGAGGGUCCCAUUGUCGCAAUGGCUUUCUCUGAAGGCAGAGCGCUUACUAUAUCUACCUUGAUGGGCGUCCUGACUCACUACUAUUUGGAGUAUGACCCGACAGUGGGUCAAGUUGUACUCAAGCAAUUGUGGCAGAAGGAGAGCGAAGGAAUUCAAAAAGUUAAUACCCUCAUCGCCGAUGAGAAGAGGUUCAUCGUUGGAGGAUUCACGAAGAAAGGCCAAGGUAUUAUUGAAGUCUGGAGAAAAUUGUCGCCGCCUCAACUUGAGGAAGGCACUUCGAAAGUAGUUUCAAAAGAGGUGGUUGAGAAUUAG